AUGGGUCAAGAAUUUUCUCAUGAAGGGGUUAAUAGCGAGCAUACAUCAUAUGAUCAGUAUGAGCAGGAGGAAGAAAAAUAUGAGGAAGUUGACGUGGAUUAUAUGGAUGAGGACGACACAAGUGUGGAACCAAUGUUCGAUUAUCACGGCUUCGAUGAAGGGUAUAACAUUGACUCACUUGAAGACAUUGGGAUGAUUGAAUUUUGGAACAUCAGGGAUGAAGAUGUAUGUCAUUUUCACUUUUCUGAUGUCGACAUUGCAUUUGAGUUCUACAAUAGAUAUGCAAGGACAAGAGGCUUUAGUGCUCGGAAGAACAGGAGUAGGAAGAGUCGUGCGGGCGCACUUAAGUUGAAGAAUUUUGUAUGUCAUCGUGAAGGAUUUAGACUGCAAAAUAAUUACGGCAUUGGAAACCUUAAGAGAAAACCUACACCCGAGACAAGGUGUGGCUGCAGUGCAAUGAUGGAGAUUCGUGUAGAUGCACCUAGUGGUCGUUGGUUUAUUUCCUAUUUUUCUGAUGAACACAAUCAUCCACUUCUGGAUCCUCGGUUGACUGGAUUACUCCCUGGGCAUAGAUUCAUGUCCGAGGCUGAUAUUGGCCACAUGGUUAACAUGAAAAAGGGUGGGAUUAGUGUUGGACAGAUGUAUCGGGCAUUAGCAAAUCAGGCAGGUGGCUACGAGUAUCUCUCUUUCACGCAAAGGGACAUGUACAAUAAAAUAGCAAAGCAGAGGCGCCAAUUACCCGGUGAUGCAUAUGCAGCUUUGAAGUAUCUAGAAGAUCAAGCAACAAAUGACCCUUUUCUCUAUUUUAAUCAUCACAUGGAUGCCGAUGGUACUUUGCGCAAUUUAUUCUGGUGUGAUGGUCUCAGUAGGGCAGACUACUCAUUAUUUGGUGAUGUGCUGGCUUUUGAUGCUACCUAUAAGAGGAAUAAAUAUAUGUGUCCACUGGUGGUAUUUUCUGGUGUCAAUCAUCACAAUCAAACAAUUAUCUUUGCUGCUGCUUUAAUUUGCGAUGAGGAAAAAGACACAUAUAGGUGGUUGCUACAACAACUGAAAGUGGCAAUGAAUGGGAAAGCACCUGUUUCGGUGAUCACGGAUGGUGAUUUAUCAAUGAAGUUCGCCAUUGAGAAAGAGUUUCCUAAUGCACAUCAUAGAUUAUGUGCAUGGCAUCUGAUUCGCAAUGCAACAAGUAACAUUGGCAAGCCCCAGUUUACCUCCAUGUUUAAAAAGUGUAUGCUAGGCGACUAUGAAAUUGAUGUAUUUCGUCAAAAGUGGUUUGAAAUGGUUGAGGGAUUUGGUGUCGAAAACAAGAAUUGGGUCCUAGAUAUGUAUAAAAAGAGACAUUCAUGGGCAACUGCACAUAUAAGAGGGAAGUUUUUUGCUGGUUUCCGGACUACUUCUCGGUGCGAGGGAUUAAACUCGAUCAUUGCAAAGUAUGUCAACUCAAGGUACAAUCUGGUUGAGUUCAUUCAACACUUUAAUCGUUGUGUCGACCAUAUAAGGUGGAAAGAGGUCCAGGCUGACCUCGCCUCUGUGAAUGGGAGACCCAGUUUGUAA